AUGCUCCGCCGCGCCUUUUCCUCGACUGCCCGAUCCGCGACUCGUCGUAGCACCCCCUCCCCCUCCACUCCGUCCAUCGUCCGUGCCGGCGCGUCGUCGCUGCUUCGCUCGUCGUCGAUCACUCCGCUCCAGCAACUCGUCGGUCGUUCGUCCUCCGUGCUCGGUGCGAUCAGGAUGUCGUCCAGUCACCAUGGCGAGGAUGCCAAGCGUCCCGAUCCGGAUCAGGUCUUGAUCGAUAUCGCCGACUAUGUGCACAACUACAAGGUGCGUUGGACGACCACUCGUUGGACGGAAGCUGAAGCUGGGCUGUUCCCACCUCGCGCAUCCCGGUCGAGGAAGAGGGGUACUACCCAUGAGGGAACGACAAACAAGGGGUGCGAGGAAGAGGAAGCCAGGUCGAGACGGACUAGGACCGUGUGCUCAUCCAGAAGUGGAGGUGUGCGCCGGAGGAUGGAUCCCGCCUGGAAGCGGAAUGGUCGCUUCGUGCUUCGUGGCUGGGCCUGAUGGGCCGGUUAGAUCGGCUAAUGCGGAGAAAGGCCGUCGGGAACGCCGGCAAAGCGGAGGCCCCAGCGAGCGGUCACAGCGACACAGCGACCCAGCGACACCACGCCGUCACCUAGCCACCCACCUUAUGCUGAGCCAUGGAACCCUUUUUUUUCCUCAAUCAGAUCGACUCUGACCUCGCCUACUACACCGCUCGCUUGUGCUUGAUCGACACGAUCGGCUGUGGGCUGGAGGGCCUGCGUGUCGACCCCGACUGCGCCGCUUUGAUGCCCCCGGUUGUCGAGGUAAACUUUUUCACCCUCUGCAUUCGUUCUUGCGGUGAAAGCUGUUGUCUGACGACUUCCUGCGCCUUUCCAGGGCACAACCGUCCCCAACGGAUCCAAAGUCCCCGGAACCCCUUACCAGAUGGACCCUGUGUAAGCGACAACACUACUCUAUACGGGUGGGCCGACCCUAUGUGAUCAGUAAAACUGACCAUGAUGGAUGCAUGCAUGCACUGUACAGCCGAGCCGCUUUCGCUAUCGGCACUCAGAUCCGGUGGCUCGAUUUCAAUGAGUCAGUACAAACAGGGCUACGUCGACAGAAUCCUCCUUUCUGACGAACAAACGUCUUGUUCAACAGCUGCUGGCUCGCGGCCGAGUGGGGUCACCCCUCCGACAACCUCGGCGCCAUUCUCGCCGUCUCGGACUGGAUCUCGCGCACCAACGUCGCCAACGGCAAGGCCCCUUUGACCGUCAAGGACGUCUUGGCCGGCAUGAUCAUGGCCCACGAGAUCCAGGGAUGCUUUGCGUUGGAGAACUCGUUCAACCGCGUCGGUCUCGACCACGUCGUGCUCGUCAAGCUCGCCUCGGCUGCCGUGGUCUCCAAGUUACUCGGCCUGUCGCACUCGCAAACCGUCGAUGUCGUCUCGCAGGCGUUCGUCGAUGGCCAGUCGCUUCGCACGUUCCGCCAUGCGCCCAACGCCGGUUCGCGCAAGUCGUGGUCCGCCGGUGAUGCGUGCCAGCGUGCCGUGCACCUCGCUUUGGCCGUCCAGCGCGGUCAGAUGGGCAUCCCGACCGUCUUGACCGCCAAGACGUGGGGCUUCUACGACGUGCUGUUCAAGGGCCAGGAGUUCAAGUUCCAACGCCCUUACGGUUCGUACAUCAUGGAGAACGUCUUGUUCAAGAUCUCUUUCCCGGCCGAGUUCCACGCUCAAACCGCCGCCGAGGCCGCGAUGAUCCUGCACUCCAAGCUCAAGGAGAUCGGUAAGAGCUCUGACGAUAUCAAGGAGGUCAAGAUCAGGACCCAAGAGGCGGCGAUCCGCAUCAUCGACAAAUCGGGCCCUCUCGCCAACUUUGCCGAUCGUGACCACACGAUCCAGUACAUGGUCGCGGUGCCGUUGAUCUUUGGUCGGUUGACCUCGGAGGACUACACGGAUCGAGUCGCCGCCGAUCCGAGGAUCGACGAGUUGCGCGCGAAGAUCUACUGCGUCGAGGAAAAGACCUUCUCCGAGGAAUACCACGACCCGGAGAAGCGUUACAUCGGUAAUGCGUUGACGAUCACGUUGAAGGACGGUACCGUGUUGGACGAGGUGCACAUCGACUACCCCGUCGGUCACCGUCGUCGAAGGCAAGAGGGCGAGCCGUUGUUGAACGCCAAGUUCAAGCGCCACAUCGAGCCCCACUUUGAGGCGAGCCACGUCGACAAGAUCGUCAAGGCCGUCGCGGACCAGGCCACGUUGGAGAAGAUGCCCGUCAACGAGUUCGUCGACAUGUUCGUCACCAAGGCUUAA